CAUUUCUAAAGUUUUAAUCAUUGGAUUGAAUGACAAGUGAAUUGCAAUUAACGACUGAAUGAGUGAUUAAUUGCCAGAAAAUGUCGGGCAAUGAGUGGGAGGAGGGGUCGGGGGCUGUGGUGUUGGGCACACCUCUGGAGCCGUUGUCUGAGGACCAGGUGGUGAGCCGUAAGCCUGAGUUGGACCUAACGGUGCGGGACUCAGAGGGGCGCCGAAGAUUUCACGGGGCGUUCACCGGAGGCUUCUCUGCCGGACAUUACAUGACUGUCGGGUCGGAGGAGGGCUUCACGCCUUCGCAGUAUGUCUCGAAUCGCACCCAAAAGUGGGACAAAUCGCUGCUAAGACACAAACCCGAGAACUAUAUGGACGCCGAAGACAUGGAUGUGUUUGGCAUCGCUCCCAAACGCAUCACCGCAAGGGAUCAGUUCACUGAACAACACUUCGCAGUGAUCAAACCGACGGUCGAGUCGAUUGGUCUUCAGUUAUAUAAACGGAUGAAACGAAACGCGAAGAAUGACAGCAAAUAUAACUCGCGAAAGGUCUACGGAUGCGAUGCGCCGACCAAUACUUCGGCGACCAAUGAAUUGCCAUUAGUUUCAUACGAAGCGAAGAGUGAUUUGCAUGGAAUCGGAUACAAACCGAUCGCAGAGGACAGCGAUGGCAACCACUUGAAGGACUCGACCGGAGUUUCUGCCACUUUUAGAAGCGGUCGGAAACUGAAGAUAUCGGGCGAAGCGUUCGGUUAUGGAGUUCUGGACGACGACAUCGAAGAAGACGCCGUUGUCUACCAUAAGGACGACAUCUCUCAAUACGACUACGAAAUCGGUUUCGUUAGACCAGAAAAUAAAGACAAGAAUAGAGCCAAACAUAAAGCCAUUGAUGUGUUGAAGAGUGAUGUGAUUGAAGGCUUUGAGAAGUGUUUGACGAAAAUUAAUUUAAUGGAAACGAUUGGCAAACAAUAUCCCAUUCCUGUGUUACCCAAACAUUGGAAACGUCCGUCCAGUGAACAUAAGGCUAAGAAGUCUCGUUGGGAUCAGUCCAGUGAUCAACAGAAGACAACCACUGAUACGAAAAGUGAUGACAAAACGACGACAACGAUCACUAAAACUCCAGUUCUCAACGCAAACAUCAGAGCAAUACUUUUGGGAGAAGAAGUGGUUCACAGACACGGAGUGAAGAAAACAGAUUCUCAGAGAAAACCAAUUGAUUCUUCAAAUCCGACUCAAAAUAAAGAGGUUUUGAAUAAAAAGAAAAGCGAACCCAUAUUCCAGAGCCCUUUGACAGGAUUUUGGGCCAAUAAGUUCACCAGAAGUAGUGAUGGCGCCGAAGACAUUACAGUAACCGGAGGUUUGACUGAAUUCAAAGACACCCAAAACAUGAAGACUAUUGAGAAAGAAGUUCAAGAGAGAAGUACUGCCACCGAAAGGACUACUUAUGAAUGGCAUCCCCACAGUCUUCUAUGCAAACGAUUCAAUAUUCCUAAUCCUUUUCCGCAAUAUCCAGACGUUGUGGGCGUCGUAACUGUCGGCAAAUCAGACGUCAGAAAUAGGACUUCAAAAAUAAAUGAUAGGAAAACUAAAACUAAUAUAUUUGAGAGCCUUAUCGAUGACAGGGUUUUGUCAAAAACAUCGUUUGAUUUGUCAAAAGAGAGUGAUUUUGAGACCAAAAAUAUGGACAACAAUAUCGAUACGAAUGAUUCAAAUGAUGACAAUGAAGACGAAGACAGUGAAGAGACGACUCGACCGCCAAUGGAUUUAUUCAAAGCUAUAUUCGCUUCCGACGAAGAAAGUGAUGGCGAAGACAUUGCAGACAAUACUAAAUCCAUUGAACCGAACGAACAAAAUGUUGAAAAGACUAAUGAGAAGAGCAAUGAAUUGAAAAAUUUUGAUCAAUUGAAUAGAAAUUUUACUCCUAUUUUGAAGCCCAAAGAAUUGGUAGUAAAUAAAAGUGAGACCAAUAAGAGUGUGGAAAAUAGUAGAGUCGAGCCUAAAGAGAGCCAAUCGGAUGACGUGUACGGACCGGCCCUUCCGCCAGACUCUAGUCUUUUGGUUUCAAAUAAUGAUCACUCGACCAAUGGCUACAGAGAGGCCAAACUUUUGGCCAAAAAUAACGGACAGUUUGCCACCCGAGCCGUACAUGCGGGACAGGACUCUUCGAAAUGGAAUUCCCGAGCUGUCAUCCCUCCCAUCUCUAUGGCCACCACUUUUGAACAGUUUUCUCCUGGAAAUCAUAACGGCUUUGAAUACGGAAGGAGUGGAAAUCCGACCCGAAAUUGUCUGGAGGAGGCCAUCGCAUCCCUGGAAGAAGCAAAAUACGGCCUAUGCUAUUCCUCUGGUCUGGCAGCACAGGUCAACAUAACAAACCUUUUGGAGGCCGGAGACCAUAUCGUAUGUUUUGAUGAUCUUUACGGCGGAACCAAUCGAUACUUCCGGACGAUUGCCGCCAGAUUUGGUCUCGAAAUAAGUUAUGUGGACGCAAGAGAUCCACAGAAUGUGCACAAAGUUCUUAAGCCAAACACCAAACUUGUUUGGAUGGAAACGCCAACCAACCCAACCAUGAAAUUAGUUGACAUCAAAGCUGUGGCCAAAAUUGUGAAGAGCGAGGCUUCACAGGCUAUACUCGUUGUGGACAACACUUUCAUGAGUUCUUACUUCCAAAAGCCGCUCACUUUAGGCGCAGACGUGGUCAUGCAUUCAUUGACUAAAUAUAUGAACGGUCACGCGGAUGUAGUGAUGGGAGCCAUCGCUACAAAUUCACCCGAUAUUUUCGAAAGACUUAAAUAUCUUCAAAACUCACUGGGAGCGGUUCCGUCGCCUUUUGAUUGUUUUCUGGUAAACCGCGGCCUUAAGACUCUGGCCGUGCGUAUGGAACAGCACCAGAAGAAUGGCUUAGCUGUGGCCAGAUUUCUAGAGUCUCACCCGCAGGUGAGGAAAGUGAUUCAUCCGGGUCUGGAGAGUCACCCGCAGCACGAGCUGGCAGUGCGCCAGUGCUCGGGAUUCAGUGGAAUGGUAUCCGUGUAUAUAGAGGGCGACGGAGAGACCGCUAAUGUGUUCCUCAAAAAUCUCAAACUAUUUAUUUUGGCGGAGAGUUUGGGAUCUGUGGAGAGUCUGAUUGAGAUCCCGGCGCUUAUGACUCACUUGUCUUUGCCUAAAGAGACGCGAGAAAUGCUUGGCAUCGAUGACACACUCGUCAGACUGUCUGUUGGCAUCGAAACGACUGAUGAUUUGAUAUCAGACUUGUCUCAGGCCUUAACCGCUGCUAAAAAAUUCAAUGAUUUCAAGUCAAAGAAACACAUUUUAUAAACAAUGCUAACUUCUCUCAUAUAACCCCUGCCCUCACCCCCUCUGCCCCUAUCAUCCGGUCCUCUCUAUCAACAGUGAAUUAAUCGCGGAGUGACUGCCCCUCCACUGCCAUCACAUGCUGUGCAAAGCUGUCUAACUCUGUACUCCUUGUGCCACAAACUGUAACACAAAAGUUGUCACUCUUUGCCUUUAGUUUCAGAAAAAUAGACUUUUCUGAA